UCAAUGAUCAAGUAAUGACUCAAAAUUAAAGUCUCCAUUCAGAAAAGUUCAAAAUGCAAAGUGUAUAUUUUAAAACGAAAAGGGUUCACAUUUUUGUCAAUGGACAUCCCGAAUCUAAAGCCUUCUAUAUUCACCCAAGAUGUCGACUAGGUUGGAACGCCAUUCUGGACUGUUUUUCCAGAACAUUAAAGCCAUAUUUCGGGGCUAUACGCGUAAUAAAAACUGUAGAUGGUCGCAAAGUCAUCGAAGGUUUCAACGAUUUGCAACACGAAGGGAAAUAUGUAGCUUGUGGAAUCGAGGCCUUCAGACCUAUCAAAGGAGGCUAUCUCACAAGUUCAGAACUUACCAAGAAAGUCAAGACAAGUGAAUAUUAUCCAGCGGAAUUUUUGAGUCCAGAUGAACGAAGGAAAUAUCCUUGCUUGAUAGAAACAAUGAGAAAAGGCAGGACCAUCAUAUACGUGUUCGCGAAUGGCAAAAGAUCUGAUCCGAAAAAGAUUGUGCUGAUCAGAUCCGACUAUAAGGCUUGGGAUAGCAUUCUCAAGCACAUUGGAAUCAUUUUGGAUAUCCCAGAGGGAGUCAAAGGGAUGUAUACUGUAUUUGGUCAACCCCUAUGCAGUCCUUAUGAGGUCCAACAUGGAGGAUUCUAUGUCGCUAUUCCUUUUGGCUCAAAUUUCAAACAGAUAAAGUACCACAUACUCCAAAGGAGCAAGAGUUAUCACGAAUCUAGUCCAAUGGUUACAAAAGACGUGUAUAUAUCUGCAGCUAAACACUGUACAACUUUGGAUGGAAUACAAGGUAAACGAAUCAAAUUGAAGCCGAUGAAAGUGAAAGAUAUCAAAGAAGAGGAAACUCAAGAUACUCAGGAUGAAAAUUAUCACCAUGUCACUAUCAGCAGAAGUGCUAUAAAAAGAAAGGAAGGCAAACAAAAAUGGGAACACAAUGAGAAAUAUAAGAAUUUCUUGAAAAAACGUGUCACAGGUUACCCUGGCACACUGUUCUUCGGAGCUGCCCAAAGAGCAGAAACGCCAGAAACGUUGAACCAGCACGAUUUUGAUUCGGUUAUUCAAGAUAACCAGUACACAGAAAAAUACACAGAUGUUGAUAUGGAAGAAAACGAAAUACUUAUAACAAAUUAUAUGCAAAAAGAGAAGCACACACAGACGAGUGGCAUCUUUCUCGAAGCAACCCACGAUGAAGACAACGCUCUGAUCUUGAAGCAGAAAAAAUACUUUCUGGUAUCUGAAAGUGAACUAGAGAAAUUAGGCGAUAUUGAUAAAUCCAAAUGGUAUUUGGAAAUACUGCCGGAUUUGUUGAAAGAGAAACAAACUGAGAUCUAUGAGGAAAAUAAGGACGAGAUCGAAUGGGUAGCUGGUGCUGUAGUUGGAGUGAUUAUCAAUAUGUCAGAAAAAAUUGCUAACAGAUCAGUUUUCGGAGAUCAUAUGGAGGAAUUGGGCGAUGGCAAAGUAUCGCUUAUACCUGAUACCCUUCAACCUAAGAGGCACCAAUAUGAUACAGAUCAACCGACUGCUUCACAAAACCGUGAAUUGUAUUCUUCAUUCUCAUCCAAGGAUAGAUCACUCCGACUAUCUGUUCCUAUAGGAAGACUGUAUUCUGAAGAUUAUUACGAAGAUCCAAAUCCUGAAUUGGGAGACGGAGAAAUUCAGCUUCACGCUUUAGACAGAGAAUUUACACCUUUAACACCCGUUCACAAUAAUGAGGAGAUAAUGUAUUUGCAGGGUGUUGAAGACUAUUCCGAUCUGACAAGGCAAGAAAGCACCCUGUUGAGACACCUCAAGAAGGAUAGCCUUGGAAUAUAUCCGGAGGAAAACAGUAUACCAACCGAACAAAAUGAGAUUGGGACUAAGCAUCUUAUUUCAGAGAAAGGAGAUGUGGAAGAGGAUUCGGAAGGAUGGAAAAAACUGGAUAUUCUAGAGGAUUUGGGCAUAAUGGAAGAAGAGGCAAUAGAAGAACAGGAAAUGGAAGAACAAGAAAUGGAAGAACAGGAAAUGGAAGAUGAGGAAAUGGGCACUGAUGAAAAUUUAGGAAGCGGGAUUUUCUCUGAAGACCAUGUUUAUUCCGAUAGAGGAGAAGAAAGCUUGGAUGAAGAAGGAAAUUAUUCUGGAUCAGUUUUGAGCGAAAAAGAUGAAGAAGAUGUUGAAGGUGAAGAUUUCGUGAAAGACCAUUAUCAAAAUGAGCACAUUGAAACUGCUAGUAGUCAACAGUCUCAAAUCGAAGAUUUCACAAAAAAUACAGAAUCUAUCGGAACUGGAAGUGAGGAAUCUACCAUUAAGAGUGAAAGACAAAGCGUCAAUGAAAAAAUACAGUCUUUAGUCAAUAUUCCUGUUUUAAAUGAGAUGCCAACAGAUGACCUAGAGUCUAAAGUCGCUGGAGUUUCCUGUUCAAAUCCGUCAAGUAUUGAAACAAUGAGCACUUGGUUUAAUCCGCUAGAAACAAUUCUUGAUAGUAUCUUCGAAAAUGAGUCGGUAGUCAAAAAUCCAAUUACUUUGGAUCUUGGUGAAGAGAAUAGAGGUAUUAGGAUUGAGAGUGUAGUUCCUUCAUCUAGACAGAGGGAUAUUGAAGAAGAUAGAAAAUCUUUGAUGAGUUUUUUGAGGAUGAAAAUUGAGAUUGCUCUAAAUACUAGUUUGAACCAAUUGAAGGGUGAUUUUGCAAUUCAACUGUAAUUAUUCAGUUCUGGCUAAUUUAAUAUCUGGAUUUCAUACAGUUUUCACUUAAUAAAAAUAUUUCAUUAGUG